UUUGUUGGUGUAAUCACGACUUUGCAAAAUAUUUAAUUAUUUUCGUCUUCUUCAUUGUUUUAUUUAUCGUUCAAAACAUUCUAGAUCCAAAAACAUUAGAAAGAUUAGGAAAACACGUUAAGGGAUAAUACUUAACAAAUUUUUCCACAAAAUUUUUAAAAUCUUUUCAAGAAGACGCAAAAAUGAAUAUUUUCGAUUUGCCAAAUGUGAUGUUAAUCGAAAUUUUCGAGUACCUCAGUUACGACGAAGUGUCCAAAAAAAGACUGGUGAGUAGGAGGCAAAAACAAAGGAUGAAAAACCAAGUAUGUAGACGUUUCGACCAAAUCGCCCAACAAGUUCUCAAUGGAGGCUUCAAUAAGGUCAUUAAGCAACACAGUGUUAGUUUCAAACGCAUCAAAGCUUUAUUGCCAAGACGGGAGUCGGAGAGACGAAAUCACUGCCUAGCACGUCAUGCAGAUAUACUUACUUCCAUUGAAACCAGAAUCUCGAUGCUAUCCAUGACUUAUACUAAAUAUAUGGACUUAAAUCUAUGCUGCUUUAUACCCGGUCGUGUACUUGAUGAAAUCUUUCGCAUUUUACGUUUAAUAUCGAAAACUAAUAAACCACUGAGGCCUCACGAGGUUUUGCAAGAGUUACGUGACAUUUCAUCGAUGGCCAUCGAGCAUUUUGAUGAAAAGAUUGCCAAUAAUCUUAAGAAAACAUUUGCCGACUCCAGUAAAAUGUGUGGUGGUAGUGGUUAUUGUGCGGAUACUAGACGUUUGGCAGCGACUAGUGGUUUGGGUAAUAUAUCGUUCAGUGGCAUGGGAACUUCAACUCCCGCAACAUUUAAUAGUGCCGCAGUCUCUAUAUACGGUAAUAAUUCAUAUGUUCUGGAACCUCUUACACAACGUUUAGGUUUUAUUGGGGAACGUCUAAGUGGAAAUUCACUAAAAACAACAUUGAAUGAAAGCGAACCUGUUCAGUCUUCAUUGCCAUCAACAUCUGCAGGAUUUCUGGAACAUUAUCAACAUCCUGUUGGAGGCUGCCCAGAAGCUCGCACAACAAUGAUGUAUUUUAAGAAACUAGAAACUGAAUAUAAGAAGGGAAUUGUCAAGAUGCAUCGUAUGCAGCAGGUGCAAAAUCUACAAAAUAAAAGAUUGCAACAAACUUUAAGUUCAGUUGCCGAAUUAAACGUACAAAUUGUGGAAUUAAAGAAACGUUUGGAAGAUGUCGAUGCCAAAAAUCGCGAAAUAUCGGCCAAUAUAAGACAUAUUAGUGGUGGUGAGCCCACUAAAGCUGAAAAUGUAAAUGCUACAACAGCAAAUAAAAUUGAUAGCAAUAAUGAUGCUAAGGAUGAAAAAGCUUCAACUAGCCCCACUACAAGCAGCUCUGUAACAAUGACAUCGGAUAACAAUUCAAAGAAAAGACGUAUCGAUGAUGAUGGCCAAUUGCUUACUAAACCAAUAGAAGAUGCUAUUGACAAACCUGAAGAAAACUGUGAUCUACAAGUGAAAAAACCCAAACUGCAAUCCUAAAUUGAUCAAAAAAAAAAAAAAAAAAAAAAAUUGAAGUAUUUAAAUAAUUCUAGUGUUUUUGAGUUCGCUAUAACAUCUAUCAAUCAAAUUCUAUUAGUUAUAAUUUUCAUAUGCAUACAUUAUUUUUUACAUGUAUUUCAUUACUUUUUUUUUAAUAUUUAAAAAAAUAUAGAUACAUAUAUGUACUAAAUUAAUAUAUAUUUUGUAAUAAAAAUAUAUGUAUAUACAUAAA